UAAUAUUUUUUUGGACUUUGUUGUUAACGGUUGUCCGCUCGCACGUUCGACGCCCGAUCGCGUUCGUCUAAAUACAAAAUACCAAACACAACUUAUUAGUACGGUUUCACCAAACACCGAACGCGUCAAAACAAAAACCAAAAAAUGUUGCAUCCAAAUAAAAUACAUGUUUAAAUCACCUAUACACCUCUAUUUAUGAGAAAUUGUUAAAAAAAAAUCGCAAGUAAUACCAUACCCUUUGUGGGGAACGAAAAAAAAAAACCACAAAAACAACAAGUGCAAUUUAUCGGCAAAAAUUGAAAUAUAGUGCAAAUGCUUUGUAGCUGAACCUCAGAAAAUAAGAAAAUACAUACAUACGUAGUAAAGGAGACGGAAAUAACACAAAUCGAGAGCAUAUAUUCAUAUUUGUACAGAUAUUAUAUGGCUGCAUAGUGCAAAUCGCGGAUGAACAAUUGGACGGGACCGAAGUGUAAAUGGGAAAGAUUUUCGAAGCAAGAGCAAACAGGAGACAGAACUCGGAAUCGAACAUCAACAAAGCGGCGCGGAGGCAUUUAGGCACUCGUCCAGUGUCGUCUAGUGUCUAGUCGUCGUCUGUGGAGCCGGAGACAUUAUCCGCAUCCCCAAUAUAACUUCGAAGAUAGUGCGCGAGUGAGAAGGGAUUUGUGCUGUGGAUUUAUGAAUAUAUAUAAAUUGUGAAAUCAUAUUUACCCAAUUCCAUUCCCAACUUUGCUUCGGCAACUGGAAUACCAAUCUUCCAUUCAAGAGUACAGAGUGCCCAUGGAUACUUGUGGAUUAGUAGCAGAGCUGGCGCACUAUAUCGAUGCAUAUGGACUGAUUGUUACGCGAACCCAAUGAGCAGGAAUUCGGGCGAAAAUGUAUUUUGAACGCAAGCAAGUACGCAAAAAAUACUAGAUCAGCCAGCAAACUCCACAAAACACCGACAGAAGUGACCAGAACCUCGGAGACCAUAUCCGAGCUUCGCACAGCAACAGAGGAUCUUACCAGGAGAACGCAUUUCUCCGCAUAUCGAGCAACUGCCAGGGACAAGCCCCUUGUCCCAGCCGACGCGGAGUGAUUUGAGAAACGGCCCCAAAACGGCGACCAUUGGCUACCAGAGAAUGAAGCGGCGCUGGUCGAACAACGGCGGCUUCAUGCGCCUGCCGGAGGAGUCCUCCUCGGAGGUCACCUCAUCCUCGAACGGGCUUGUUUUGCCUUCGGGGGUAAACAUGUCGCCCUCGUCGUUGGACUCGCAUGACUACUGCGACCAGGAGCUCUGGCUCUGCGGAAACGAGACUGGUCCGUACGGCAAUUCCAACGGCAACGGCCUGAGUCAACAGCAGCAGCAAAGCGUCAUCACGCUGGCCAUGCACGGCUGCUCCAGCACCCUGCCCGCCCAGACGACCAUCAUCCCGAUUAACGGAAAUGGAGGUUCCUCCAAUGGUCAUUAUGUGCCGGGUGCAACCAAUCUGGGAGCGCUGGCCAACGGCCAUGGGAUGCUCAAUGGUGGGCUCAACGGGAUUCAGCAGCAAAUGCAGAAUGGCCACGGACUCAUAAACUCCACAACCCCAUCAACGCCCACCACCCCACUCCACCUGCAGCAGAACAUGAGUGGUGGUGGGUGCGGUAUAGGGGGAAUGGGCCUUCUCCACCAAACGAAUGGCAACUCCAAUAGCCUUAUCAGUGUUGUAGGAGCCGGCGGAGGUGGAGGUGUUGUAGGAGCCGGCGGAGUGGGAGGCCUGGGAAUGCAGCAUACGCCGCGAAGUGAUUCAGCGAAUUCCAUUUCAUCAGGUCGCGACGAUCUCUCGCCCUCGAGCAGCCUAAACGGAUACUCGGCGAACGAGAGCUGCGAUGCGAAAAAGAGCAAGAAAGGCCCUGCGCCCCGUGUCCAGGAGGAGCUGUGCCUGGUAUGUGGCGACAGGGCUUCCGGUUACCACUAUAACGCCCUCACCUGUGAAGGCUGCAAGGGUUUCUUCCGUCGUAGUGUGACAAAGAGCGCCGUGUACUGCUGCAAGUUCGGGCGCGCCUGUGAAAUGGAUAUGUACAUGAGGCGCAAAUGCCAGGAGUGCCGUCUGAAAAAGUGUCUGGCUGUCGGCAUGCGGCCGGAGUGCGUCGUGCCGGAAAACCAGUGCGCUAUGAAGCGGCGUGAGAAGAAGGCCCAGAAGGAGAAGGACAAGAUGACCACGUCGCCCAGUUCGCAGCACGGCGGCAACGGCGGCAACUUGGGCUCUAGCAACGCCCACGACUUUGUUAAGAAGGAGAUUCUUGACCUUAUGACAUGCGAGGCGCCACAGCAUGCCACUAUUCCGUUACUACCUGAUGAAAUUUUGGCCAAGUGUCAAGCGCGCAAUAUACCUCCAUUAACGUACAAUCAGUUGGCCGUUAUAUACAAAUUAAUUUGGUACCAGGAUGGCUAUGAGCAGCCAUCAGAAGAGGAUCUCAGGCGUAUAAUGAGUCAACCCGAUGAGAACGAAAGCCAGACGGACGUUAGCUUUCGGCACAUCACCGAGAUAACCAUACUCACUGUCCAGCUGAUUGUUGAGUUCGCUAAAGGUUUACCAGCGUUUACAAAGAUACCUCAGGAGGACCAGAUAACGUUACUAAAGGCGUGCUCGUCGGAGGUGAUGAUGCUGCGUAUGGCGCGUCGCUAUGACCAUAGCUCGGACUCCAUAUUUUUUGCGAAUAACAGAUCCUACACGCGGGACUCUUACAAAAUGGCCGGAAUGGCAGACAACAUUGAAGACCUACUGCAUUUCUGCCGCCAAAUGUUCUCGAUGAAGGUGGACAACGUCGAAUACGCGCUACUCACUGCCAUUGUGAUCUUCUCGGACCGGCCGGGCUUGGAGAAAGCCCAACUAGUCGAAGCGAUCCAGAGCUACUACAUCGACACACUACGCAUUUAUAUACUCAACCGCCACUGUGGCGACUCCAUGAGCCUCGUCUUCUACGCCAAGCUGCUCUCGAUCCUCACCGAGCUGCGUACGCUGGGAAACCAGAACGCCGAGAUGUGCUUCUCGCUUAAGCUCAAAAACCGCAAACUGCCCAAGUUCCUCGAGGAGAUCUGGGACGUUCACGCUAUCCCGCCCUCGGUCCAGUCGCACCUCCAGAUUACCCAAGAGGAGAACGAGCGACUUGAGCGUGCCGAACGAAUGCGCGCCUCCGUUGGCGGCGCCAUCACCGCCGGCAUCGAUUCCGAGUCUGCAUCCACUUCGGCGGCGGCCGCUGCGGCCCAGCAUCAAUCCCACCCUCCGAACCAGACGCAGAACGAGCCUCAGCUUCAGUCACAGGCACAGCCUCAGCUGCAACCUCAGCUUCAACCUCAGCUUCAAGCCCAGCUCCAACCCCAACUCCAGUCACAUCUCCAGCAGCAGCCUCAGCUUCUUCCCGUUCCCGUGUCCGCCUCCGUUUCCGGUUCUGGUACUGUGUCCGCGGUCAGUACGAGCAGCGACUACAUUGGCGGUGAUGGGGCCAUAGGACCCAUCACGGCAGCGACCACCUCCUCCAGCAUAACGGCCUCCGUGCCUGCCAGCUCUACCACAUCAGCAGUGGCGAUGGGCAACGGAGUUGGAGUUGGAGUCGGUGUCGGUGUGGGUGGUAAUGUUAGCAUGUAUGCGAACGCCCAGACGGCGAUGGCCCUGAUGGGUGUAGCCCUGCAUUCUCACCAGGAGCAGCUCAUCGGCGGAGUGUCGGUCAAGUCGGAGCACUCAACGACAGCAUAGCAGACGCAGUCAAACCGAAAUCAACACCACCAUCAGUCCAUUGGGGUCUUUCUGGACUGAGAGGAAUGGGUAGUUCUUUCCCGGAAAGAUCGAGGCGAAAGCCGUGAGAAAAAAAUGAAUAACUAAUGGACAAGCGUAAAAUGCAGUUAUUUAGUCUUAAGCCUGCAAAUAUUAGAGUUUAGUUAUUAUUCAUACGAUUUAAUACAUAACACAACCCAUUAACAAUUACAAAAAAGCUUACUGAAACAAGCUUCAAUCAUAGUAAGACAAACGCGAUGAGGAACAGAGACAAUUUGAACAGAGAAACAUUGAAAACCAUGAAAUUUAGAAUCAAUUCCUUAAUGGGUCGAGGAAUCGCGGCUGCCUCUCGAUCAAUUCUCGAAUUUUAUCAUUCAAUUUGAUUCUCCGAACUGCAUGCGAAUCAGAUCAGAUGAGAUGAACAGAAAGAGAGUAUGGCAAGACCAGAGGAAAGAGAGAAGAGAAUAAAGAUUGUUUAUAUUUUAAAAAUAUAUAAAAUAAUAAUUACUAACUGUAAAAUUCAUUAAAUCAACUGUAUAAUACCUAACUAUAACCCUAAAUCCUUAAUCUACCGACGCGAGUAAAUCUGUUAAAUAAAAGUAAUAGUUAUGAUAAUGACAUUAACAUCCACCAUAACUAAACACAUUUAAAUUAAUUCAAAACAAACAAAUUAAAAAAGAAAAACA